CUUUGAAUACUGUCAGAAGCGCUCUCUCUCUCUCUAUCUUCUCUCCGCCGCCAUGGAUUCUUGUCGGAGCUUGAUUGCACUGUUGAUCGUGAUGAUUUUAUAUCCGGCGACACGGGCUUUACGGUUCGACCUGCAAUCUGGGGACAUGAAAUGCAUCGCCGAGGAUAUUCCGACCCGUGCCAUGGUCGUCGGGAAGUACAGCGUCGUAAACCCUAAUGAAGGUCAUCCUCUCCCUCCAUCCCACAAGAUCAAUGUCAAGGUGAUGUCGGCGCAAGAGACGACGUACCACCAGGCGGAUGGGGUGGAGACGGGGCAGUUCGCGUACUCGGCGGGGGAGGGCGGGGAUCACGUGGCGUGCUUCUCCGCCGUCGAUCACUCGCCGGAGGUGACGAUGACCGUCGAUUUCGAUUGGAGAACAGGUGUUCAUGCCAAGGACUGGUCCAAUGUCGCCAAGAAGGGCCAAGUCGAUACAAUGGAGUUUGAGGUCAAGAGGUUGUUAGACACCGUUUCUUCCAUCCGCGACGACAUGUUCUACCUUCGCGACAGGGAAUAUGAAAUGCAGGAGCUGAACAUAGGCACAAACGCGAAGAUGGCAUGGCUGAGUUUCUUGUCGUUGGUGGUUUGCUUGUCUGUGGCGGGUCUGCAACUAUGGCACUUGAAGACUUUCUUCGAGAAGAAGAAGGUCAUCUAAGCAAUGGAAUUAGUGAAAAAACCUCUACCUGAAACCGUGGAAUGAGCCCUCCUCUUGUACACAAUUCUUUUCGUGACAUUUUGACAUUUGGGAAGGAGAUUCGAAGUGGGUAAUAAUUCGUUUAUCUUCGAUUUGCAAUUGUGAAAUAUAAUUCUGCCCCCAUUAUUCA